UAAACAGAAGUAAAUUUAAAGCACUUAUUAAACACGACUCUGCAGCAUGUUUUCUUAUUUGAUACAGAAGCACUUUUGAUUAAUUAUUAUAUGAGAAAAGACAAAAAAAAAAAAUUGCAAAAGUUAAGCCAAUUUAUAUGGAUGGAGAUCAAAUGCAGCUCGAUAGUUUAAAUCAUGAACAUCAAGAAGGAGGCAUAAGAGCAGCAUUGAUGAUAAUUCAAAAACAUGGCUACAUAACACCAAAGCAAGUUCACUCAUUUUUUACUGAUAUGGGUGAAACAUAUACUCAGAAAGAAGUAAAUAAAUUAAUAUAUGAACUAGAUAUAAGAGAUCGUGAUACAUUGGAUUUACGAGAGUUUUUAACAUUAAUCCAGCUGCAAUUAAAAGUUAACGAUACUGAAGAAGAAGUAAUUGAAGCUUUUAAAGUAUUUGAUAAAGAUCAGAGUGGUUUUUUAGAAUGUUCAGAGCUGCGUCGUAUCAUGGUAAAUUUAGGAGACAAGUUGACAGAUGACGAAGUUGAUGCAGUCAUUGUUAAAUCUGAUAUUGAUGGAGACGGAAGCUGUAACUAUGAGGUACACGAUUCACAGAUUUCUAGUACACAACUCACAGUACCAACUCUUGCAAUGACUACAUUGGUUCCAUGGCACUUCGAACUCAUUGUACAAAAUUUCACAUAUCAUACAAAAUGUUUGAUCGAUACUGCUAUUUUCACUUUCAUUUUUUGCUUUUUUUUCAUUAGUUGAAGUAUCCUAAAAUAAAAGCUAGCAUUUCAUCUUGUGGUUUAUUAAUCUUACUUGGAACCUCACUGGCAACAUGUAAAUUGAUUUUCCUUUUUCUGUGUAUGUCCUAACUUUGCUGAGGUUUUUGUAUUCAACAUCUUUUUUGUUUUAGAACUUUUAAGUACAGAUCUAUAUGGUGAACUGGUAACUAUAGUAGCAUGUUGAACAGAUCUUCGUUUUCUCGAUAUUUUAUUAAAAGAUACAGACUUAUCAAGCAAUUGGCCAAAUGUUUUAGUGACAUGGACUACUGCAUUGUUUUAAAAUAGAAUGUGUUUUGGUUAGAUUGGUCUGGUCAUUUGUUACUUUUUCCCGUGAAUCACUGAGUAUAAUGUUAGAAGUUUUCUGUUCUUGAUUUGUCACUGCAGCUGCUAUAAAAUCUUCAUCUGUGAAAAUGAAACAAUUAAAAGGAUGAAUUCCUGAUUUACGAAAUCCGCUCUUAGCUUUACUCACUGAAGCAGCCUCACCAUAAGCAGUGCUGUACAGAUUUCCGAAUACGGCCUCUGUUACUGGUCUACCAGGGUGUUGGCGAUGCCAUGACUGCACAAUUGAAUUGUAUCGUGAGCUUAAGGAUUUAAAAAAAGAAAUAUCUAGUGGCUACAUUUUAUGGGUACAAUGACUUGGAAGACUUGAUAUAAUCUCAUUGUUUCUGCGAGCUUUUAAUAUCACUUUUAUGUUCUUUACAUGACAGCUAUGACCAUAAUGUAAGUAAAGUUGACGUAUUGCAGUUUGAUGGUUGAGUAAAUUAUAAGAAGUGGUCAAACCAGAUAUAAAACAGUUCUUCAUUUAUCUAACCAUUCUUUGUUGCAACUCCAAGUGCUCCUUAGGGUGCUUGAUCCAUAAAAGAUGGCUUUAUGCGUACACGAGGAAAAAUAAUCAUGAGGCACAUAUACUCCAACAGCACUCACACAGCAUAAGACUGUAAUGGUUUUGCCUUUUUCUAAACUUGUUAUUGCUCCAACUGAUCUCUUUCCUUUCAGAGCAACAAUUUGCCAGGAGUAUGACAAACUGAAAAGCCACUUUCAUCAGCAUUAUAGAUGUGACUUGGUGGGAUUACAAUUUUACCAUACUGAUUAAAUAUAAUUGACUCUGAGGCAUCAAAAAAAACGAUCAACUUUUUCCUUGUUAAAUCCGAAUGCACGUGCGAUCAAAGUCGGUUCUGGUUUCUUGAAGAUAAGUUUGAGUUU